AUGGGGAUCGCGUCAUCCAUCCAAAUUCCGCCGGCAAAACCGGAGCAAGAGAAACCGGAAGAUUAUAGUGAUUGGCCAUAUCCGGUGAGAGCUCAGGGAGAAUUAUUGAUGAAGAACAUCCAUGGAUUGUUCCCAUCGAGAGAGGGGGAAUCAUCAACUGAUGAAGCCGUAGAAGCUAGAUAUUUCGAGUUCUUGAGAAGAGGUGGCUGCAAAGAUGUGGCUAACGCUCUGGAACAUUGUGAAGAACCUCGUAGCACUAAGUGUAAGCAAAUCGCCGGGAUGUUGUUCAAUUGUAUGUAUUCUCACCAUGAUUACUAUCAACCGGUUAUAGCUCUAUGGGAAACUUUCUACAAACAGUUAGCCGAAGACCUAGACGCCUUUCAUGCGAAGAAACAAAGAGAUGAGAGCUAUGAGAAAGCUAAUCUCUUUAAAGGUUUCAAGAGAUUUUAA